CAGCCCCUUUCUCUUCCUUUAUGUAUUUUCUGGCGCGUUCUCCUUAACGCGCGCACGCUCUGCAUUCUCACACACAGGCGAGCUGAGUUGUUUUAUGAUUGCGCAAUAGAUUGAAAGAAGGACUUUUUAUUUUUAUACAAUUCUUUCAAUUAUCAUAUACCUGAAAAAUGGGCUGGCUAUUUACCCGAAUGGAUGGACUGUUGACUUUUGGUGUCUCGCUGUGACAGGCACGUCAGGCAGUAAAGAUCCGCCCCUCGGCGGUGUUCAGCAGCGCUGCGUGCAUCACUCUCAAACGCUAAUUCCACCGGGACAGACGCAACUUCGGUCCGCGCGCGGAGCGGAGGAGACGCACACGAAAUGACACCAAUGGCUGCGCUUGUGUUCACAGCGACUUUUGCGCUAAUAAUCUGGAUACCGACUUUCGCAUUAACCGCACGGGUCUACCCUCCUAAUGAAGUGACACUGCUGGACUCGAGAACUGUGCAAGGAGAAUUGAAAUGGGUUGCAAGCCCGACGGAAGGAGGGUGGGAAGAGGUGAGCAUCAUGGAUGAGAAGAAUACGCCAAUCAGGACGUACCAGGUGUGCAACGUAAUGGAACCCAGCCAGAACAACUGGCUCCGAACGGACUGGAUCCCCCGUGGCGGAGCUCAGCGGGUCUACAUCGAGAUCAAAUUCACCCUGCGUGACUGCAACAGCCUGCCAGGAGUCAUGGGAACCUGCAAGGAGACCUUUAAUCUUUACUAUUAUGAGUCCAACAAUGACAAAGAGCGAUACAUCCGAGAAAACCAGUUCACCAAAAUCGACACCAUUGCGGCUGAUGAAAGCUUCACGCAGGUGGACAUAGGAGACCGCAUCAUGAAGCUGAACACGGAGGUGAGGGAUGUGGGGAUUUUGACAAGGAAGGGCUUCUACCUGGCCUUCCAGGACGUUGGGGCUUGCAUUGCCUUGGUAUCAGUACGGAUCUUCUACAAGAAAUGCCCGCUUACUGUACGCAACCUGGCCCAAUUUCCAGACACCACCACCGGCGCAGACACCUCAUCGCUAGUGGAGGUACGCGGAUCCUGUGUGGACAAUUCGGAGGAACGUGAGGUCCCUAAAAUGUACUGCGGAGCAGAUGGAGAAUGGCUGGUGCCUAUUGGAAACUGUUUGUGUAACCCUGGCUAUGAAGAACAUGAAGGGACAUGUCAAGCCUGUAAGAUCGGCAACUACAGAGCUCUAGCCACAGACGGCAGCUGCUCUAAGUGUCCCCUGCACAGCUACUCUGUGAGAGAGGGAUCUACUUCCUGUGCCUGUGAUAAAGGCUUCUUCAGGUCUGAGACGGACCCUGCAUCUAUGCCCUGCACACAGCCCCCAUCUGCUCCUCAGCACCUCAUUUCCAAUGUGAACGAGACUUCGGUGAAUCUGGAGUGGACGGCUCCAGCAUCCUCUGGUGGCAGACAGGACCUUGCCUAUAACGUUAUAUGCAAGCGGUGCAGCUCGGACGGUCAACGCUGUCAGCCCUGUGGCAAUGGCAUCCAUUUUUCCCCUCAGCAGCUGGGCCUACGCACUACCCGGGUGUCCAUAAAUGACCUGCAGGCUCACACCAACUACACCUUCGAGAUCUGGGCAGUCAACGGGGUCUCCAAACAGAGUCCUGGACCCGAACAAGCAGUCUCUGUGACUGUUACCACCAACCAAGCGGCUCCCUCUCCAGUUACCACCAUCCAGGCCAAGGACAUCACAAGACAUGCUGUGUCUUUGGCAUGGCAACAGCCCGAGAGACCCAAUGGAGUCAUUCUUGAGUACGAGGUCAAAUACUAUGAGAAGGAUCAAAACGAGCGCAGUUAUCGCAUAAUGAAGACUUCGUCCCGAAGCGCUGAGAUCAAAGGCCUGAGCCCACUCACCUCCUACGUGUUUCAUGUGCGUGCCCGCACCGCUGCUGGCUACGGAGAAUUCAGUGCCCCUUUUGAGUUCAUGACCAACUCAGUUCCUUCUCCCAUCAUCGGGGACGGAGCUAACUCCACCGUGCUCUUGGUGUCUGUGAUCGGCAGUGUGAUUUUGUUGCUCAUCUUCAUCGGCGUCUUCAUCAUCAGCCGCAGGCAGGUGACCCCAUCCUCAGCAGGGAGUCUUGGGUUAAGGCAAUGUCCUCUGUGGUGUUGUUAUCCAUUCCAUUGCUUCUCCUCUGUCACCUGCCCCCACACCGAAAGGAGAAGCAAAUACAGCAAAGCCAAGCAGGAUUCUGAUGAGGAGAGGCAUUUACACCCAGGAGUCCGGAUCUAUGUGGACCCCUUCACAUACGAGGACCCCAACCAAGCAGUCCGUGAAUUCGCUAAAGAAAUCGACGCCUCCUGCAUCAAGAUCGAAAAGGUCAUCGGCAUUGGAGAAUUCGGAGAGGUGUGCAGUGGCCGUCUCAAGAUGCCUGGAAAGCGUGAGAUCUGUGUGGCCAUAAAAACCCUAAAGGCAGGAUACACCGACAAGCAAAGGCGGGAUUUUCUGAGCGAGGCCAGCAUCAUGGGCCAGUUUGACCACCCUAACAUCAUCCGAUUGGAGGGAGUUGUCACUAAAUGUAAGCCAGUUAUGAUCAUCACAGAGUACAUGGAGAACGGAUCACUGGAUGCUUUUCUUAGGAAGAAUGAUGGACGGUUUACAGUGAUUCAGCUGGUGGGCAUCCUGCGAGGCAUUGCUUCAGGAAUGAAAUAUCUCUCCGAUAUGAGCUAUGUCCAUCGUGACUUGGCGGCUCGCAACAUUCUGGUCAACAGCAACCUGGUGUGCAAAGUGUCCGACUUUGGCAUGUCUCGAGUUUUGGAGGAAGACCCAGAUGCUGCUUAUACCACCAGAGAAAUAACAGGAACCUAUCAAUCACAGGGAGGCAAGAUACCCAUUCGCUGGACGGCUCCUGAAGCCAUUACUUACAGGAAGUUCACCUCUGCAUCUGACGUCUGGAGCUAUGGCAUCGUCAUGUGGGAAGUGAUGUCAUAUGGAGAGCGGCCAUAUUGGGACAUGAGCAACCAGGAUGUGAUAAAGGCCAUUGAGGAAGGCUACAGGCUGCCUCCUCCCAUGGACUGUCCAGUUUCUUUGCACCAGUUGAUGUUGGAUUGCUGGCAGAAAGAGCGCGCAGAAAGGCCAAAGUUCAGUCAAAUUGUCAACAUGCUGGACAAACUCAUCCGCAACCCUAACAGCCUGAAAAGGACAGGAGGAGAAAUAGCCAGACCCAACACCACCCUCCUGGAGCCUAGCAGCCCAGAAUUCACGUCUACCCUGGGAUCAGUUGCCGACUGGCUGCAGGCCAUCAACAUGGAACGUUACAGAGACAACUUCACCGCUGCUGGCUAUACCACUCCAGAAGCUGUGGUCCAUAUGACACAAGAGGACAUGACGAGGAUAGGGAUCUCCACCGCUGCACACCAGGAUAAGAUCCUCAACAGCGCGCAGGGAAUGUUGUCCCAGAUGCAGCAAAUGCAGGACAGGAUGGUUCCUGUCUGAACCCCACGGGAUCAGAAAACACAUUCACACACACUUUGGACUUCCUUUUUUUAUUUUGGUUCUAAGAAAAUCCAUUUACCUCAUCCAUGCACUUUAAAUUCAAUUUUUUUGUGGGGGAAAAAAGGAAAAUAUUUCAAAGGAACGAUACAGCACUUUUCUUUUAAUAACGCCAUCGAGUCAAGAGGAUCGUUUAGCGCUGUACUGACGCUCUGGAUGGGAUUGUAGGAAGCUUUUCAUUUCACCGAAACUACGAAGGAGUUUGUUUAUUUGAUUUUUUAUAUGUAUGUGCCUGUAAGUAAAUGUAUAAAUAGUACUGGAUUUUUACUUUUUUUUUCCGUCCGCUCUUGCCAUUUCACGGUUGCUUGAGUGAGCGGCACCUGGUGGAAUUUUUACGCUCGAAUUUGAGGCGACGGAGAUAAAGAUUUUAUGCACUCUUAACGCUUUUGUUCCGGGGAUUUCGGAGAGGCAUUCAUCUUCCCAGCAGCCACAAUGGAAGACCACUUCUGGAAGGUCUCCAGGUCUCUCCACCCUCAGAAUGGAAUAUCUGUCUCCACUUCGCAAUUCGCUCCACUCGGCCUGGCCUGGAAUAGAAAAAUGGGCCCUCAGUUUACAUCUUUCUCUCUCCACCUCAGUCUCUACGGUUUUCCCUCUCUCUCUCUCUCUGUGUCUCCGGAGACCUUCGGCAGGCCGUGAAAUCAACACAUGUCUCCCUUACUGGAAGUUCCAUCAGAGCUGAACUAAGAGUCACCUUCACACAUCUGUUCUGCAGCGAUAUCCUGUCUCGCAUCCGCUGCAGUUUCACUAACUACAUUUACUUGACAUCAGGACAAAGGACUUCGAUUCCCAUGAUUCCCUGCUUCCAGCGCAGGAGAAAGAAAACAUGACAAACAACCCGAGGAGCAGUCGAGGGCCCUUUGGUUUUCUCCUUUGAGAUUUGAUGAGAGAUAUAAUGAACAUUUUCAUUUGGUCUCGCUCUUGACAGGAAAAACUCGCUGCAGCGUGUUGCUGUUUCCUUUGAAGGAUGACGGUUUGUUUUGAGGAGCAUACACUAAGGACAAAAGCGCAUGAUGUGUGCUAAGACUGCAGAACUUUUGUGGCUGCUCUCUGGAGACCAACGUACUGGAGUUGUUUGCUAUAUGUGCUAAGCCACUGCUGUUUUUUUGCUUCUUAUCAAGGCUGGAGAUUGUAGCUAAAAAACAAACCACAUUUCUUUGAGUCGUUUGACUCGAACCGGGAUGAUUUCAACGCUAAUUUGAAUGCAGACUGCAAGAAGAGGCACGCUAUUUGUACCUAAAAUAAACUUAUUACAGGAAUGUUUAGAAAACGGGCAAACUUUUAACAUUUCAAGUGUGCUCUGUGUCAAGUCCAUCCAUCCAUCCGUCCCAUCUGAGAGACUUAAUGUGACGCCUUCUCAUGUUUAACUUUGCUUUCCUCCUGCUUCAUCUCUCAGUAUUCCCUCCUCACCUGUUUUAGGACCUGUUGGAAUAUGCAAUGAAUGUGAGAGGAGAGAAUUUCAGUAGAAUGUACUGUGCCAAGUCUCCUAAUGUAGAUUAUACUGGAGGAACUCUAACAAAUGGCAUCCCCCCCACCCCUCGAGCUGAUCUAGGCAUUUUUAUUAAGUUUAACGUUGUGCAUAAUUAUGUUUUUUUUUUUGCCUCUCUUCCAUUUUUAUUUGAUGAAUUUAGGUACAUGAAACAUGUCAUUUAUUUAUGGUAUUUUUUAUCUAGUUUGUAAAUUGUAAAAUAGAGCUAUGAGAGAAAUAAAUGAUUGCCAAGUGCAUUGUAAUUAAUGUUGA